AGGGAGUGGUUGUCUUAAAACAUCUUUCAUAAUGGCCAAAGGAGAAGAGGUCGCUCAAGUCACCGAAGGGUUGAAUGCCCAUAUUGUCGCCGAAGGCACGGGCAAGACUGCGGGCAAUGAUGGUGCCACGCAGAGGGAGGUGUACAAUGCCGAGUUGUACGCUGCUAUUCAGGAGUCCAACAUCCCCAGAUGGGGCAAAGCAACCAUCCAUCUAUACUACUGUGUCUUUGUUGCCUUCUGCUGUGCCUGUGCAAAUGGUUACGAUGGCUCCUUGAUGGGCUCGAUUACCGCCAUGCCUCAUUUCAAGGCGACUAUGCACAGCCAGAAUGACGGCUGGAAGGUUUCCGUCAUGACUUCUCUGUACAGCGUUGGCUCCAUCAUCACGACUCCCUUUGCUGCCGCGGUAAGCGACAAAUGGGGCCGUCGGGUUGGCAUGGUAUUUGGCUCCUUUGGGAUCAUCCUGGGCAGUAUCAUUGCAUCGAGCUCGUUCGGCAUGACCCAGGUGACGAUCGGGCGGAUCGUGCUGGGCUGUGGCAUCCAGUUCAUGACGGUGGCCGCGCCGGCGUACUCGAUGGAGAUUGCUCCGCCGCAGUGGCGUGGGCGCUGCACUGGCUUCUACAACUGCGGCUGGUUUGGCGGCUCGAUCCCGGCGGCGCUGGUGACGUUUGGAUGCCAGUACAUCGACAACAACUGGUCGUGGCGGAUCCCGUUCAUCUGCCAGUGCUUUGCCUGCUUCAUCGUCCUGGGCUCGGUGUACUUCAUCCCGGAGUCGCCUCGCUGGCUGUUUGCCAGGGGCCGCGAGGACGAGGCGAUCGACUUCCUGGUCAGGUACCACGGCAACGGCAACCGCCAGUCGCGGCUGGUCAAGCUGGAGAUCGAGGAGAUCCACGAGAGCAUCCGACAGGACCUGCGCGACAGCGAGAUCGCCUGGUGGGACUUUCGCUGUCUGUUUGACACGCACGAGGGCCGCUGGCGCUCGGCACAGGUGCUGAUGAUGGGCGUGUUUGGCCAGUUCUCGGGCAACGGGCUGGGAUACUUCAACGCCAACAUCUUCGACGAGAUGGGCAUCAAGUCGACCGCGCAGGAGCUGGGCUACAACGUCCUCAACUCUGUUCUGUCUGCCAUCGGCGCCGGCACUGCCGUCUGCUUCACCGACCGCAUGCCCCGACGCACCGUCCUGGUGUACGGCACCUUUGCCUGUGCCUGUAUGCUGGCCAUCAACGGCGGCGCCAGCCAUGCCUUUGGCGCCAACGAGAACAACAUCUCUGCCGGCCGUGCCGCCCUCGCCUUCUACUUCCUCUUCAACGUCGUCAAUUCCUUCGCCUACACCCCCUUGCAGGGCGUCCUGCCCGUCGAGGCCCUCGACACCCGCCGCCGCGCAAAGGGCCUGGCGUUUUACGGCUUCCUGACCGGCUGUCUGGGCUUCAUCAACACCUUCUGCACCCCUAUUGCUGAGUCGACCAUCCAUCUCAACUAUAUCUGGGUCUUUGUCGGCUGGGACUGCGUCGAAGCCGUGCUCUGGUACUUCUUCUGUGUUGAGGCCCAAGGCCGCACCCUGGAGCAGCUCGAAUGGGUGUACACACAGCCCCAUCCAGUCAAGGCGUCCCAGCACCUGGACAAGAUUGUCCAGCAGGCCGAUGGGACCGUCAGCGAGAAGAUUGUUGACGGGGUUUGAUGAAGCCUGAUGGCCACGAAGACGUAAUGACAAGUUUUUUCAAUCUACUAUGAGAUCUGUCCCAGGAUAAUUCGUACUUAAAAAGAUGUCACAGGAAUAUAUGACCAUAUAAGGCUCUAAUUAAUGUCUAGACAUUUUUAGUGGCUCAGCGGUCUAGUGGCCCCCUAGAUUUUGUCAAAAAACAUAACAGCAGAAUCUGAUAAAUAGUGAAUCUGAUAAAUAGUGGAAUCAUG